AUGGUUGGUUGGGUUGCACUGUGUGAAUACUACUGCUCCACAGAGAACCCAGUGUGUGGUCGACCCCAGGUCUUAGAGGUGUCCCUGGCCUCCAUGCUGCCUGACCUCUCCCUGGCCCCCAGACGCUCCUGGAGGUCCCCUUGGAGGCGCUCCUACAGCCGCACCAAACUGGCACCAUGGGAGAAGAACCCAGAUUACUGUGACACGGUGAAACAGACUCCUCCAUACAACCAAGGCACCAGACUAGUGGAUCUAAUUGACAUGGUCAUUCUGGACUUCCUCAUGAGUAAUAUGGACAGACAUCACUACGAGACUUUUGAAAAGUUUGGGAAUGACACUUUCCUGCUGCACCUAGACAACGGGAGGGCGUUUGGGCGUCAUUCUGUGGAUGAACCCUCCAUAUUGGUGCCCUUACGACAGUGUUGCAGGAUCCGUCGCUCAACUCUCAUGCGUCUGCGUCUCCUGUCCCUCCCGAGCUUCCGUCUGAGUGAUGUCAUGAGGGAGUCUCUGUCCCAGGAUCCCCUGGAGAGUGUGGCCCCCCUCCUCUCUGUACAACACCUCUCCGUGCUGGACCGUCGUCUGAAAACCAUCCUGCAGGCUGUACACACCUGUCUGGAGCACCAUGAUGACGUUAUCCAUGAUGACCUACAGGGAUAUGAUGUUAACUUAUACCGGCACUAGACAAUAAUUAAGACUGAACAUCCAUUUACAAAACCAUCACUGCAAUAUGUCUAUCAUUGGAUUCAGCUGUGGUUGAUGACAAGAUUAUUGUAUUAUCAAUCAAUCAGUUAAUUAUAUGUAUACAUUCAUGGCACAUUUUAACUGUGU